UCCUGCUCUGCAGUUCCGGCUCUGCGGAUUCAGUGCUCAUGUUUCUUUUUCCCUUGGCUCUUGCUGCCUUUUGUUACCCCCCUACAGUGACCCUUGAGGCAGCUCUAUCAGCAGACAGCUUAAUUUGAUUUUCUGCUUUUCUUAGUACGCGGUGGGCCCAUCGGCCUUUAACGAAAGUGCGGCUGCGAACGAGCGGGCGGGCGCGGGGCUCGGGGGAGGCGCGCUCCGGCUCACCGAGGCGACGAUUACGACGACCAGGCAAGUGGACGGUCGUAUCUCCUGAAAAAGCGGCGGAUCCCAUGCCCCGGGACGGCGGGCGGGCCCGGAGAGACAAGUCCGGGACCCGGGGCAUGUCCCCGGGGCCCCCGUGAGGAGGUGGCGGCGGCGGCGGCGGCGGCGAUGGAGAUCCCGCCGCAGGAGGCGCCGCCCGGGCAGGGCGCGGACGGCGACGCCGAGGAGGCCCCCGCCGAGGCCCAGGCUCCCACUCCCGCAUCGCCCCCAGCCGACGGGCGCCUCAAGGCUGCGGCCAAGCGCGUCACGUUCCCCUCGGACGAGGAUAUCGUGUCCGGAGCAGUGGAGCCCAAAGACCCUUGGAGACACGCCCAGAACGUGACCGUGGACGAGGUCAUCGGCGCCUACAAGCAGGCCUGCCAGAAGCUGAACUGCAGGCAGAUCCCCAAGCUCCUCAGGCAGCUCCAGGAGUUCACGGACCUCGGGCACCGUAUCGAUUGCCUGGACCUAAAAGGUGAAAAGCUGGACUACAGGGCCUGCGAGGCCCUGGAAGAGGUCUUCAAGCGGCUGCAGUUCAAGGUCGUGGAUCUGGAACAGACGAACCUGGACGAAGAUGGCGCCUCGGCCCUCUUCGACAUGAUCGAGUACUACGAGUCGGCCACCCACCUCAACAUCUCCUUCAACAAGCACAUCGGCACCCGGGGCUGGCAGGCUGCGGCCCACAUGAUGCGCAAGACCAGCUGCCUGCAGUACCUGGACGCCCGCAACACGCCCCUGCUGGACCACUCGGCGCCCUUCGUGGCCCGCGCCCUGCGCAUCCGCAGCAGCCUGGCGGUGCUGCACCUGGAGAACGCCAGCCUGUCAGGGCGGCCCCUCAUGCUGCUUGCCACGGCCCUGAAGAUGAACAUGAACCUUCGGGAGCUGUACCUGGCCGACAACAAGCUCAACGGCCUGCAGGACUCGGCCCAGCUGGGCAACCUGCUCAAGUUCAACUGCUCCCUGCAGAUCCUGGACCUCCGGAACAACCACGUGCUGGACUCAGGUCUGGCCUACAUCUGCGAGGGCCUCAAGGAGCAGAGGAAGGGUCUGGUGACCUUGGUGCUGUGGAACAACCAGCUCACGCACACGGGCAUGGCCUUCCUGGGCAUGACGCUGCCACACACACAGAGCCUGGAGACGCUGAACCUCGGCCACAACCCCAUCGGCAACGAGGGCGUGCGCAACCUCAAGAACGGUCUCAUCGGCAACCGCAGCGUGCUGCGCCUCGGCCUGGCCUCCACCAAGCUCACCUGCGAGGGCGCGGUGGCAGUGGCGGAGUUCAUCGCCGAGAGCCCCCGCCUCCUGAGACUGGACCUCCGGGAGAACGAGAUCAAGACGGGCGGGCUCAUGGCGCUGUCGUUGGCCCUCAAGGUGAACCACUCCUUGCUGCGCCUGGACCUGGACCGCGAGCCCAAGAAAGAGGCGGUGAAGAGCUUCAUCGAGACGCAGAAGGCGCUGCUCGCGGAGAUCCAGAAUGGCUGCAAGCGCAACUUUGUGCUGGCCCGGGAGCAGGAGGAGCAGGAGCAGCGGCUGCAGCUGUCGGCCUCCAUGCCGGAGAUCACAGUCACUGGGCCCCAGCCUGACGCGGAGCCCGGCAAUGAGCCCGGAGAUGAGCCCACUGCCAUCGAGGCUCAGGAGAACGGGGCUCCAGCCCCAGGGCCCAGCCUGGACUCCGACUCCGACUCUGAUUCCGAGGGGGACGAUGGGGAGGACGAGGAGGAUGGGGAGAGGGCUGCGGCCCCCCACCCGGCUCCGGGGCCCCCCACGGACUCCCUGGGCCCUGGGGACCCGAGCCCCCCAGGCAGCCCUUCCCCCCCUGCUGAGCAGCGCAUCUCCGUGUCCAGCCCGGGCCGGGGCCACAAAGUGUUCGUGGUGACUCGGGUGGAGAGCCCCCCCGAGAGGGCAGAGCCCCCCGUGCCGGCCUCUCCCGUUUGUCCUCCCCCUCCACCAGCCUCAUCCUCCCCACCGGCCUCCCCCGCCCUACCGCCAGCUGAGGCCAUCAGCGCUCGGGACGCAGGGUCAUCUGAGCCUCAGCCACAGCCAGAGCUGCCUCAGGCCGGGCCACCACUGCCCAACGGCCUGAAGCCGGAGUUCGCCCUCGCACUGCCCCCAGAGCCACCCCCAGGGCCUGAGGCCAAGGCGGGCAGCUGUGGCCUGGAGCAUGAGCUGAGCUGCUCCAAGAACGAGAAGGAGCUGGAGGAGCUGCUCCUGGAAGCCAGUCAGGAACCUGGGCAGGAGACACUGUGACACUUUAGUUCCUUUUUUUCCCGUCGGUCUUCAACUGAACGGAGGCCAGAGCCAUGAGAAUCUGCUCACCCUCACCCCCAGCCUUCCUGAAGCCGGGGACGCCAGGGGUGGGGGCCCUUCUGGGGACCCCGCCCCCCACAGCUACACUACACGGAGCAGGAGCUCCAGGGAGCGGCCCUCCCCAGCCUGACUUGAGCACUUGUAUUUGUGUGUCCAGCCCCCGACUCUGGGCCCAGAGUGGAUGGGAGGGGGAGGAGUCUCCUAGGCCGCCAGCCCCAAAGCCCCGGCUUUCCUGGAGGGGCACACUGGGCCGGCUCACCCUGUGGAGCCCUUGCUGGUGGUGCAGCACCCCGCCCCCAGACCCCAGGCACAGACAGGGCAGAAGGCGUGGCAUGGGAGGGGCGGUGCGUGGCGGUGGUGGUGGUGGUUGAACUUGGUAGAGCGGCCCCAGACAGGGCAAGGGCCAGGUGCGGGUGGGGGAUGGGAGCAGAGAAUCAGAGCUUUCUUCUUCUUAAGUGCAAUAAAUCUAUCAGGGAGCUGCGUGGGGAGCAGCCAGGGUUCUGGAGACCCUGCUGUCCAGGCCACUGGAAGCUGCCCCCUGAGAGGCACUACAGCCCGGGGAGGUGGGGGCAGGGGCGGGCAGAGGGCGGGGUGGGGCCACUCCUGUCGGUGCAACUCUGUUCACACCUUUUCUAAUAAACCAGAGCUGGGUCCACCGUC